UGUUCGGAAUUUCCUUAACGUCAAGGUCGCUGCUGAUUCGAUCAUUUUGAAUGCAGUGUAACUUCAAUCGUUCCUCAUCUUUCGUGGCAUCAAGUUCAAUUCCCACACCCUGCACGAUGAGUUCUAAGCUAUGGAUCUUGGCUGUUUUCGUGAUAGCCCUCGUGGCUAUCGUCCGGAGCGAUAGUUCCGAAGAAUCCGGAAGCUACGAACAUGGACACUACGGUGGUCACGGACAUUACGGAGGUCACGGACACUACGGCGGACACGGACAUUACGGUGGACAUGGUGGACAUUAUGGCGGACAUGGGCACCAUGGUGGAUACGGGGGACAUGGCGGAUACGGUGGUGGACAUGGUGGAUACGGGGGUGGACAUGGCGGAUACGGGGGACAUGGCGGAUAUGGAGGAAAUGGUGGAUACGGCGGUUGGGGCUGGGGAAAACGAUAAUCUUUUUUCCUGUAAAUUGUAAAUAGUUGUAUUAUAUAAUUUAUUUGAAUCGAUUCCUUGCUUUUGAUGGAAUUGAAGUGAACAAAGGCAUAUACAAGUUUUUAUGUACAAUACCUCGCUAAAAACUGAUAAUAGAAAUAUACUUAAAAUAUUCUCGAGUG